AUGUCUCCAUCUAGUACAACUAGUAGUACAAAUUGGUCUUUACAACGAAUCAUAGUCAGCGAAAGACAACAAAUGGCUAUAUUGAAACAGUUAACAGCAUCUGAGGAUCAACAGGCGCAAUCGCCUAAAUCAACUUCGCCAGCGUUAACUUCUGCAUCAACCGCAAUUUCAAAAAGUCGUUCGUCACGAAUAAGUAAACGUAAUGAACAUGGUGAGACAAUACUUCAUGUAUUGGCUAGAAAGGGAGAGGUAAAACAAUUGAGAAAGGUGAUUAAAGCCGGUGGAAAUGUGAAUGAAGCUGAUUAUGCAGGAUGGACACCAUUGCAUGAAGCUGUUAACAAAAAUCAAUUCGCUACAGCACGUUUAUUGCUCAAAUCCGGAGCAUUAGUCAAUGCUUUUGGUCCCGAAGCAACAACUCCAUUGCAUGAUGCCGUUCUAAAUAACAAUACAAAAUUGGUUGAAUUGUUGUUGAAUUAUUCUGCUAAUCCGAAUCAAGGAGAUUUGAAACAAAUUACACCAUUUGAUUUAGGUGCAUCCAACGAUAUGAUGUUGAAAAUAUUAAGGCGCGAAUUAGUGAUAGAUCGCCAAGACGAUAGUCAAGAUGAAGACGAUGAAAAUGAUGAAUUAGGGCCUCUAUCACCACUGAGCAGUUUUGAAUGCGAACAAGAUAUAGCAACAACUGCAAUAUUAUCAUUAUCUCCGAAUGCAACUACAUCAGUCGAUUCUUCUGAAAAACAACGCCAUUUGUUGAUUGAAGAUAAACUCAGAACAAAACUGGUUGAACGAUUGAAAUUUAAACGAAUUGAUCGGACCAUUAUCAAAGAGAAUAUAGAUAAAGAUUUUAGCGACGAUGAUACUUUGGACAAUAGCCCUGACCAUGCAACAAAUUCAAUUUACCGUCGAAAUCGUAAUAAAUCAUCGGAAUCAUCUUCAUCUCAUGGCAGACAAAUAAAUCAUGAGAUGUUAUUAGAUAAUGCAGAUGUACAGGAACAAACAGGGGAUACACGUCCAAUAGCCAGAGAACAAAGAAAUCCAUAUGAUUUUGAUAGUGAAGAAGAAGAGGGUGAAAUUCACGAUGAUAUUGGCGAUGAUCCUAAAAAUUCAUCAACAAUAACACAUAAUAAUACAACAUUACCAUCAUACGAACAAGUUAGUCGACCAGCGUAUCAUUAUCCAUCAAAUUCAGUAAAUACUCGAACUGCAUCAUCACAGUGUCAAAAUAAUCAUCAACGAUCGCCACCACAAACAUAUUCAUCACUGUACGAUUCAUCCCAUUGUCAACAGACACCUUCGCCAUCUUCUCAGUGUUAUCGUGAUGAACAACACGAAUAUGCAAAAACGACGUGGCGGCAUGAUAACAGCGAGAAAAAAGACCGAUCGUCUAAAUCUGCGCAAGAUUCAAACGAUAGAAACCGUUCAAAUUCAUCCUCUUCGCUGCAUGAAAAACAAACACACGAAACAACAUCAAAAAAUGCUCGUUUGUUAAAAUUAUCAUCAUCUUCUUCUUCAAAUGAUGAAUUAAGAAUUAAAAUUGUGUCCAAACGGAAAAAAGAAGCCAUAUCACCAUCACAACUAGAAAUAACAAAGGAAAAAUAUUCAAUAUCCGAUGAUGAAAAAUUAUUGAAACAACAAAAAAAAAUUUUCUCAAGUCCUGAUCGUUAUAAUAAAAAAUUCGAAGAAUCACCGAUGAAAAAAUCUGAUGAAAUAUCCAUUGAUGCCACCGUAAUUAAACCAAAAAUUCCAGUUUUAAAAAUUGUCAUGCCAACCAGUCAACAUCAUUCGAAUGAGAAAAAAAUUAGAAACAUACAACAAAUGUUACCCUAUGUCCUCAAACCAGAUAAUAGUGAAAGGUAG